CAAAAACAUAAUACAAGAUUGAAGGAGAAAUAUAUGUUUUUUAACGGGAAAAAAAAAAUAGGAAGAUGGGAAAAGGAAAAUAACAAAAGAGAAAGAGGAGAAAAAAAUUAAGAAAGGUUUUAGAUACAGAGCGAGAAACAAGGCGCGGGGAAGACCGUCCCUUCUCAACAAAAUACAGACGAAGCAGCCAUAGCCGCGCCGUGCAGGACAAACAGUUAGCUUUAGCGAUCCAUCGAAACUUGACCAAGGAAUUGCAAAGCCCAGCCAAACACACCGCCAUUUCCUCGGAAAUUUUGAAGAUUUUUCACGAAAGGAAAGCAAGGACGGGGAGAUUGUGUACGGAAGGCGUUUAUUUUUGUAAACUUUUGUGUUGUUGUUGCAGAUCCUCCUCCGUCGUCCGGGAAAUCGGAAGCCGGGGACUAGGGAUCCGUCUUCUGCUGUCAUUUUAUUUCACCUGCUCCCCUUCCCCCGAUUUUCUCUGGGCUGGGAGAGAGACUUCCCCGUCUUUGUUCAAUCCUUGGCUUCUUGGAGCUGAGCGAGGGGCGGAGACGAAGAUCCUUCUAGAUAUACCGGCAAUCUAGAAGGGCUCGGAUCUGUUUUAGUCCGGUGACCGAGUCGUCGUCGGAUGAGGGAGGAAGCGCAGCGGGAAAUUUUCAAAAGAAGCAAACGAUGAAAUGGGUAACAUUGCUCAAGGACUUUAAAGAGAAGGUCGGAUUAACUCAAGCUCCAGCUGCUCCUUCUUCAUCCUCUCCUGCUACUGCCGCUGCUUCUUCUUCUUCCCCCUUUUCUGCUUAUCCAUCCAAUCGGAAUAGCAAUGCUUCCCCUUCUUCAUCUUCCCUUUACCAAGGCUACAACGCUUCCCCCGAGAGAGAUAGACAUGAAUUGGAAUUGGACUUCAAGAGAUUUUGGGAAGAGUUCCGCUCAUCCAGCUCUGAGAAGGAGAAAGAAAUGGCCCUGAACCUUACCGUAGAUGUCUUUUGUAGAUUAGUGAGGCAGCAUGCUAAUAUAGAUCAGUUAGUUACCAUGUUAGUUGAAACCCACAUAUUCUGCUUUGUUGUUGGAAGAGCAUUUGUAACUGAUAUCGAGAAGAUUAAAAUUAGUAGCAAAACAAGAUCUUUGGAUGUAGAGAAAUUGCUGAGAUUCUUUUCGGAGAUUUCAAAGGAAGGUAUUAGUGCUGGAUCAAAUUUGUUAACGGCUUUAGAAGUCCUUGUAUCUGGGCCCAUUGACAAACAAUCCCUUCUGGAUUCCGGGAUAUUAUGCUGUCUCAUCCAAAUUCUGAAUACCUUUCUGAGUCCUGAAGCCAUUCAAUUGCAAAGGUCUACUGAUACGGAAGAAAAAUUGUUACUUGGAGGAGACAAUGAUAAUGAAGUUGGGGAGGUUCCCCGCCUUGAGGUGGAGGGACGAGUUGUACACAUUAUGAAAGCACUGGCAAGCCAUCCUUCAGCAGCACAGUGUUUGGUUGAGGAUGAUUCACUUCAGAUGCUUUUUCAGAUGGUUGCCAAUGGAUCUCUAAAGGUCUUCUCUCAAUCCAGAGAAGGUCUUCUUUGUCUGCAUAGCAUGCAACUUCAUAGACAUGCGAUGCAGAUACUCGGCCUUCUUUUGGUCAGUGACAAUGGAAGCACUGCCAAAUAUAUACGGAAACACCAUCUGAUAAAAAUUCUCUUAAUGGCUAUCAAAGAUUUCAAUCCAGAAUGCGGAGAUCCUGCCUACACGAUGGGCAUUGUUGACUUGUUGCUUGAAUGUGUUGAAUUGUCACACAGACCGGAGGCUAGUGGAGUCAGGCUCAGGGAAGAUAUACAUAAUGCUCAUGGUUAUCAGUUCCUUGUUCAAUUUGCAUUGGUAUUGUCCUCGAUGCCGCAAAAUCAGAAUUCUCAGUCUGCCUAUUUCAAGGGUUCUAUAGGGCAAGAUGACUCGUCAGAUGGUCUUCAAGAGUCGCAAAAUCUGUCUCCUGCAUUGUCUAGGUUGCUUGAUGUUCUCCUCAAUCUCGCGCAGAUAGGUCCGCCUGAAACAGCAGCAUCUCCUGGAUCAAAAGCUUCUAAGACUACUCUUAAUAGGUCGAGUGGCUAUAGCAGAAGUCAUACUUCAUCUCUUGAUUUAGCUGGUGAUGAAAACUGGGAGAAGGACAGUACCAAGGUUAAAGACCUUGAAGCUGUCCAGAUGUUGCAAGAUAUCUUUCUGAAGGCAGACAGUAGAGAACUGCAGGCAGAAGUGCUGAAUCGGAUGUUUAAGCUGUUUUCAAGUCAUCUUGAUAAUUAUAAAUUGUGCCAGCAAUUAAGGACGGUUCCACUUCUUAUCCUGAAUAUGGCUGGUUUCCCUCCUUCUUUGCAAGAGAUAAUCCUGAAGAUUCUUGAAUAUGCUGUGACUGUUGUCAAUUGUGUUCCAGAGCAAGAGCUGCUUUCUCUUUGUUGCUUACUGCAGCAACCAAUAUCAUCAGAGCUGAAGCACACUGUUCUCUCAUUCUUUGUAAAACUUUUAUCCUUUGACCAACAGUAUAAGAAGGUCUUGCGUGAAGUUGGUGUACUGGAAGUUCUGUUAGAUGAUGUGAAACAACACAAAUUUCUUUCUGGCCCUGAUCAAGAAAGUGUGAGCAAAGACCAGCCUGAUAGAACAUCUGGUUCGAGCAGCUUCAAGAAACACUGGGAUAAUAAAAAUGUUAUCCUUUCUUCUCCCAAGCUAAUGGAAUCUGGUUCUGGAAAGUUACUGAUAUUUGAAAUGGAGAGUACGGUUUCUGUGGCUUGGGACUGUUUGGUAUCUUUAUUGAAGAAAGCAGAGCCAAAUCAAGCAUCAUUCCGAGCAGCUAAUGGUGUGACUAUCAUUCUUCCUUUUCUGGUAUCAGAAAUCCACCGUGCUGGAGCUCUCCGGAUGCUGUCAUGUUUGAUUGCGGAAGAUGUUAAACAGGAUCAUGCUGAAGAAUUGGGUGCACUUGUCGAGGUUCUCAAAAGUGGGAUGGUUACAAGUGGAGCAGGACAUCAAUACAGGCUUCAAGUGGAUGCUAAAUGUGACACGAUGGGUGCUUUGUGGCGUGUUCUGGGAAUGAACAGUUCUGCUCAGAGGGUCUUCGGUGAAGCUACUGGAUUUUCUCUGCUGCUGACAACACUUCAUAGCUUCCAAGGGGAAGAGGGUCGGAGUGAUGAUUCUUCACAAGCGGUUGUUAUCAAGCUGUUCACAUACUUAUUACGUCUUAUGACAGCCGGAGUCUAUGAUAAUGUUUUAAAUAGGAUGAAAUUGCACACAAUCAUUUCAUCUCAUACGUUCUAUGACCUUCUCUGUGAGUCUGGGUUGCUUUCUGUCGAAUGUGAAAGGCAAGUCAUACAAUUGUUAUUUGAGCUUGCUCUUGAAAUUGUGAUUCCCCCAUUCUCGUCAUCAGACAAUGCUACAUCAACAGAAAUGGUCAACUCUGAUUCUGCUGUUUUUCUUCUGAUAACCCCGUCUGGUUUGUUUAAUUCUGAUAAGGAGAGAGUUUAUAAUGCUGGGGCUGUUAGAGUGCUCAUUCGUUCGUUAUUGCUCUUCACUCCCAAGGUGCAGUUGGAAGUGCUUAAUCUUAUUGGUAGGCUUGCUCAAGCAAGCCCCUUCAAUCAGGAAAACCUCACAUCUGUAGGUUGCAUUGAGCUUCUAUUGGAAACAAUUCACCCGUUCCUUUCCGGCUCGUCUCCACUGCUUACUCAUGCGUUGAAGAUUGUUGAAAUUCUUGGAGCAUACAGGAUGUCAGCAUCAGAACUUCGAUUACUUAUUAGAUUUGUUCUACAAAUGAGGAAGAUGAAUUCAGGACAUAUUCUUGUCGACAUGAUGGAACGACUGAUUCUAACUGAAGAUAUAGCUGCUGAGAAUGUAGCCUUAGCACCGUUUGUGGAGAUGGAUAUGAGCAAGAUUGGACACGCUGCUGUUCAAGUGUCUCUUGGCGAGAGAUCUUGGCCUCCCGCUGCUGGUUAUUCAUUUGUAUGCUGGUUUCAGUAUAAGAACUUCUUGAAAGCUCAGGCGAGGGAUGUAGAACCAUUCAAAGGUGGCCUGUCUAAAAGGAGGGCCAUCUCUAGUGGCCAGAAUGAACGCCAUCUGCUCCGGUUAUUUUCUGUUGGUUCUUUUGAUAAGGAGAACAUGUUUUACGCAGAACUUUACCUGCAAGAAGAUGGUGUGUUAACUCUUGCUACUAGUAACUCUUGUUCAUUGUCGUUCUCGGGCUUGGAUCUAGAAGAAGGUAGAUGGCAUCACCUUGCUGUUGUUCAUAGCAAACCAAAUGCUCUAGCUGGAUUAUUUCAAGCUAGUGUUGCAUAUGUCUAUCUCAAUGGAAAACUGAGGCAUACAGGGAAACUAGGAUAUUCUCCCUCUCCCCCUGGGAAGGCAUUGCAGGUAACAAUUGGGACGCCGCAUACUUGCGCCAAAAUUAGCGACGUGACCUGGAAACUUCGUUCUUGCUAUCUUUUUGAAGAGGUGCUCACAUCUGGGUGUAUAUGUUUUAUGUACAUUCUUGGUCGAGGAUACAGAGGGCUCUUCCAGGACUCUGAUAUUUUACGCUUUGUCCCUAACCAAGCUUGUGGGGGAGGCACAAUGGCUAUCUUAGAUUCAUUAGAUGCUGAGAUGACCUUAGGAAGCACACAAAAAACUGAAACUUCUGGCAGGCAUGUUGACUCUAAGGCGGAUGGUAGUGGGAUUGUUUGGGAUUUGGAGAGGCUGUCCAACUUGUCCUUGCAGCUUUCUGGGAAGAAACUAAUAUUUGCAUUUGACGGAACCUGUUCUGAAGUUGUCCGUGCAUCUGGGACCUUCUCUUUGCUCAAUUUGGUUGAUCCCAUGUCGGCUGCAGCUUCUCCGAUAGGAGGCGAUUUUCUGAUUCUCCCUUGUUUCUUUGCGUUAUCAUUUGCAGGUAUACCAAGGUUUGGACGUUUGUAUGGUGACAUACAUGUUUGUAGACAAUGUGCGAUUGGCGAUACAAUUUGCCCUGUUGGUGGUAUGCCAGUUGUCCUUGCACUUAUUGAAGCAGCUGAAACAAGGGAUAUGCUUCACAUGGCUCUAACUUUACUUGCAAGUGCCCUCCAUCAGAAUCCGCAGAAUGUGAAAGACAUGCAAAAGUACAGAGGCUAUCAUUUGUUAGCUUUAUUCUUGCGCCGGAGGAUGUCUCUAUUUGACAUGCAAUCUCUUGAGAUAUUUUUCCAAAUUGCAGCAUGCGAGGCUUCAUUUUCUGAACCGAGGAAGUUGGGAAAUUCUCAAGUAAAUUUGUCUCCUGGUGCAUCUCUACAAGAAGCUAGCUUUGAGGAUCUUAGCUUGUCAAAGUUUCGUGAUGAAACCUCUUCUCUUGGAUCACAUGGGGAUUUGGAUGAUUUUUCUGGACAAAAAGAUUCAUUCAGUCAUUUUUCUGAGCUUGAAAAUUCUGAUAUGCACGCUGAAACUUCAAAUUGCAUUGUCCUGUCAAAUGCAGACAUGGUUGAGCACGUAUUGCUGGAUUGGACGUUGUGGGUAACAGCCCCAGUUUCAAUUCAGAUAGCUCUAUUAGGAUUUCUUGAGCAUUUGGUUUCUAUGCACUGGUACAGGAAUCAUAACCUUACACUGCUUCGUCGAAUUAACCUUGUUCAACAUUUAUUAGUGACAUUGCAGCGUGGGGAUGUUGAAGUUCCUGUCUUGGAGAAAUUGGUUGUGUUGCUUGGGGUUAUCUUGGAAGACGGUUUUGUGGCUUCUGAGCUGGAAAAUGUGGUUAGAUUUGUCAUUAUGACAUUUGAUCCACCUGAAGUGAAACCAAGGCAUCAACUAAUGCGAGAGCCUAUGGGUAAGCAUGUAAUUGUAAGAAAUAUGCUUCUUGAAAUGCUUAUCGAUCUCCAAGUGACUAUCAAAGCUGAAGAGUUGCUUGAGCAAUGGCAUAAGAUUGUAUCAUCAAAAUUGAUCACAUAUUUUCUUGACGAAGCUGUCCAUCCUACAAGCAUGAGAUGGAUAAUGACUCUUCUCGGGGUUUGUCUUGCUUCUUCUCCGACAUUUGCGCUUAAAUUUCGUACAAGUGGUGGAUAUCAGGGUUUAGUGCGGGUUCUUCCUAGCUUCUAUGAUUCACCUGAAAUAUAUUACAUUUUGUUCUGUCUAAUAUUUGGCAAGUCAGUUUACCCAAGGUUACCUGAAGUGCGUAUGCUAGAUUUUCAUGCCCUUAUUCCAAGUGAUGGAAGCUACACAGAGUUGAAAUUUGUGGACCUGUUGGACUCUAUCGUUGCAAUGGCAAGGUCAACAUUUGAUAGGCUGAGCUCACAGUUUAUGCAUGCAUAUGAAACUGGAAAUCUUUCCCAGAUUGGUGCAAGCCUUGUGGCAGAGCUUGUUGAUGGAAAUGCAGACAUGGCAGGAGAGCUUCAGGGUGAAGCUCUUAUGCACAAGACAUAUGCAGCACGCUUAAUGGGUGGGGAAGCAUCUUCUCCUGCUGCUGCGACCUCAGUACUGAGAUUUAUGGUUGACUUGUCAAAAAUGAGCCCUGCCUUUUCAGCUGUUUGCAGGAGGACAGAAUUUCUUGAAAGUUGCAUUGACCUAUACUUUUCUUGCAUCAGGGCAGCUUAUGCAAUAAAGAUGGCCAAAAUGCUAUCUGAAAAAACUGAAGAAAAGAACUUGAAUGACACUGAUGAUGCUGGUAGUUCGCAGAACACCUUUACAAGUUUGCCUCAUGAACCUGAGCAUUCUAUGAAGACAUCCAUUAGUGGUGGGAGCUUCCCUCAAGCCAAUGCAAGUACAAGUUCUGAGGACAUGCACGGUCCUCAAAAUUACACCGAUGAUGAUAAAAAAGAAAAAAAGGUCACCGAUACCAAGGAACCUGAAAUAUCACAGCAAGAAGGUAUCCAAAUGGUGGAUGGUGACACUGCUGACAAAUUGUCUCAUACCUUGAGCUCCAAUGACUUGAAAAUACAAAAUACUGAUGCAGCUGUCGAUGCACCUCCACAAGCUGAUUCCCAGAGUUCAGCAUCAUUCACAAUUGUUAAUUCUCCUGUUAUAUCUGAAAAGUCUAGCACGAAAGUUGCUUUCACGCCUUCAUCUCCUGCUAUUGUGUUAAAUUCUGGGAUGAGUGGUGCAACCCACAAUGAAUACAAAGUUUUGCCACCAAGUCCUUCUGUUGAAUCAUUUGUAUCUGGUAGCGAAUAUGAUGCAUCUAGUGAAUUGAAGGCUGGUCCUCAAGUCUCAUCUGCUAUGACUGCCUUAUCUUCAGUUAGUGCACAGCUGCUUCUUGAAGUAGAUGAUUCUGGCUAUGGAGGUGGUCCAUGUUCUGCUGGAGCAACUGCUGUGUUGGAUUUCGUGGCAGAAGUUCUUUCAGAAUAUUUUACAGAGCAGAUGAAAGCAUCACAAGCAAUUGAGGCUGUCUUGGAAAUGGUACCUUUAUAUGUUGAUGCUGAAUCUGUGUUAGUUUUCCAGGGCUUAUGCCUUAGCAGACUGAUGAACUUUGUUGAAAGACGACUUUUGCGUGACGACGAGGAAGAUGAGAAAAAGCUUGACAAAACUCGGUGGUCCUCGAACUUGGAUGCAUUGUGUUGGAUGAUAGUCGAUCGUGUAUACAUGGGUGCGUUUCCUCAACCUGGCGACGUAUUGAGAACUGUUGAAUUCUUGUUGUCAAUGUUGCAGUUGGCAAACAAAGAUGGUCGUAUCGAGGAAGCAGCUCCUGUCGGCAAGGGUCUUAUUUUCUCAAGAGGAAGCAAGCAACUCGAUGCUUUUAUACUUUCGUUGCUUAAGAAUACCAACAGGAUGAUCUUGUAUUGCUUUCUUCCAACGUUUUUGGUGGCUAUUGGGGAGGAGGAUCUUCCAUCCAGUUUAGGUUUGCUUAGUGAACCCAAGCAAAGACCAACAUCGAAGUUGUCACUAGAUGAUCCUGGAAUAGAUAUCACUGCUGUCCUACAGUUAUUAGUUGCUCACAGGCGCAUCUUAUUCUGUCCUAGCAAUCUUGACACUGAUGUGAAUUGUUGUCUCUGCAUCAAUCUAGUGGCUCUCCUUCAUGACCAUAGACAAAGUGUACAAAAUGUGGCAAUUGAUAUUCUCAAGUAUCUGCUGGUGCACCGGAGGCCUUCAUUAGAAGACUUGCUUGUUUCCAAACCGAACCAGGGACAGCAAAUCGAUGUACUCCAUGGUGGUUUUGAUAUAUUAUUGACUGGAAGUAUAUCUGCUUUUUUUGAGUGGUUUGAAAGUUCAGAACAUCUGGUCAGUAAAGUGCUGGAACAGUGUGCAGCCAUUAUGUGGGUCCAGUAUGUUGCAGGAUCUGUUAAGUUUCCAGGUGUUAGAAUCAAAGGGAUGGAGAGUCGUCGUAAGAGGGAGAUAGGGAAAAGAUCUCGAGAUACUUCAAAGGUGGACCUCAGACAUUGGGAGCAGGUAAAUGAGCGGAGGUAUGCAUUAGAAAUGGUUCGUGAUGUUAUGUCUACUGAAUUGAGGGUUGUCCGUCAAGAUAAGUAUGGAUGGGUUCUCCAUGCUGAAAGUGAAUGGCAAACCCUUCUUCAACAACUUGUACAUGACCGUGGAAUCUUUCCAAUGCGCAAGUCCUCUGCAACUGAAGAUCCAGAGUGGCAGCUUUGUCCUAUUGAAGGUCCAUACAGAAUGCGCAAGAAACUUGAAAGGUGCAAAUUGAGAAUUGACACUAUUCAAAAUGUUCUUGAUGGGCAGUUUGAAUUAGGAGAAACAGAACUAUCUAAAGCAAAACAUGGCAAUGGCUUUGAUGACUCUGAUACUGAUUCUGAGCUAUUUUUCAAUCUAUUGACUGAGGAUGACAAACAGAUUGGUGAUGAUAGUGACAUGUAUGGGGAAUCUUUUAAGGAUGCAAUUGGGCCCAAAGGUAUUGCUUCUGUCAGAAGUGUAUACAAUGAUGACAAAGCGAGUAGUGUGAAUGAACCAAGCCUUCAUUCAGCACAAGAUUUUGGUGUUAAGUCUAGUGCGGUUUCUGUUCCUAUGUCAGAAAGCAUGCUAGAAAAGUCUGAACUAGGGUCUCCAAGGCAAUCAUCAUCUAAUAGAACUGAUGACACCAAAGUCACCGAGGACAAGUCAGAUAAGGAACUGACUGAUAAUGGUGAAUAUCUUAUUAGACCAUAUCUGGAGCAUCUGGAAAAGAUUCGAUUCAAGUAUAACUGUGAACGAGUUGUCGGUCUGGACAAACAUGAUGGUAUAUUUCUUAUAGGAGAGCUUUCUUUGUACGUGAUUGAGAACUUCUAUAUCGAUGAUAAUGGGUGCAUCUGUGAAAAGGAAUCCGAAGAUGAACUGUCCAUUAUUGACCAGGCUUUAGGUGUGAAGAAGGAUCUUCUGAGCAGCAUGGAUUUCCAGUCCAAGUCAACUGCCUCCUGGAGUACAACUGUAAAAACAUGCAUUGGUGGAAGAGCAUGGGCUUAUAAUGGUGGUGCUUGGGGUAAGGAAAAAGUAUGCAACAGUGGUAACUUGCCUCAUCCUUGGCAUAUGUGGAAGCUAAAUAGUGUUCAUGAGAUUUUAAAACGCGAAUACCAGCUUCGCCCUGUUGCAGUUGAGAUAUUUAGCAUGGAUGGAUGCAAUGAUCUCCUUGUAUUCCAUAAAAGAGAGAGGGAGGAGGUGUUCAAAAAUCUGGUUGCCAUGAAUCUUCCCAGGAAUAGCAUGUUGGACACUACGAUUUCAGGAUCAGCAAAGCAAGAAGGCAAUGAGGGUAGCCGUUUGUUCAAGAUAAUGGCUAAAUCAUUCUCCAAAAGAUGGCAAAAUGGAGAGAUUAGCAACUUCCAAUAUCUUAUGCAUCUCAACACUUUGGCUGGUCGGGGAUAUAGUGAUCUGACCCAGUAUCCGGUGUUCCCAUGGGUCCUUGCUGAUUAUGAAAGUGAAACUCUUGACUUGUCUAAUCCUAAAACAUUCAGACAGCUGGACAAACCCAUGGGCUGUCAAACUGCAGAGGGGGAAGAGGAGUUUAAGAAAAGAUAUGACAGCUGGGAUGAUCCGGAGGUUCCAAAGUUUCAUUACGGUUCUCAUUAUUCUAGUGCUGGGAUUGUCCUGUUCUAUCUUGUGCGCCUGCCACCUUUCAGUGCAGAGAAUCAGAAGCUGCAAGGAGGGCAGUUUGACCAUGCUGAUCGCCUUUUCAAUAGUAUUAGAGAUACUUGGUUGAGUGCUGCUGGAAAGGGAAACACAUCUGAUGUGAAAGAAUUGAUUCCAGAGUUCUUUUACAUGCCAGAGUUUCUUGAAAAUAGGUUCAACCUUGACUUGGGUGAAAAGCAAUCAGGAGAAAAGGUAGGGGAUGUCAUGUUACCCCCAUGGGCCAAAGGCAGUGUCAGAGAAUUCAUUAGGAAGCAUAGGGAAGCACUUGAAUCUGACUUUGUUUCAGAGAAUCUGCAUCAUUGGAUAGACCUCAUUUUCGGGCAUAAACAGAGGGGAAAGGCGGCCGAGGAAGCUGUUAAUGUUUUCUAUCAUUACACGUACGAAGGAAGUGUCGAUAUCGAUUCAGUGGCAGACCCUGCAAUGAAAGCUUCUAUUCUAGCCCAGAUCAACCACUUUGGCCAAACACCGAAACAGUUGUUUCUCAAGCCCCACGUGAAGAGGCGGCCAGAUAAAAAGCUUCCUCAUCCCCUUAAGUAUUCGUCUUACCUUGCUCCGCACGAAGUCCGAAAGGCCACAUCCCCAAUAACUCAGAUCAUUAGCUAUCACGAGAGAGUUCUGGUGUCUGGGACAAACAGUUUGCUGAAACCCAGAACCUAUACCAAAUGUGUUUCGUGGGGGUUCCCUGACCGCAGCCUGAGAUUCACCAGUUAUGAUCAGGAGAGACUUCUCUCAACGCACGAGAAUCUUCACGGUGGUAAUCAGAUUCAGUGCGUCGGCGCUAGUCACGAUGGUCAGAUUCUGGUUACCGGUGCAGAUGAUGGUCUGAUUUGUGCUUGGAGGAUCAUAAAAGAUGGCCCUCGUUUGAUCUCUCAACAUCUGGAGUUGGAAAAGGCACUCUGUGGCCAUACAUCCAGAAUUACUUGCCUUCAUGUUAGCCAACCUUAUAUGCUAAUUGUAAGCGGUUCUGAUGAUUGCACUGUUAUCAUGUGGGACCUUAGUGCCUUGGUCUUUAUCAGACAGUUGCCCGAGUUUCCGUCUCCAAUCUCAGCAAUAUUUGUGAACGAAUUGACUGGAGAGGUAAUGACAGCUGCUGGAAUUUUACUGGCUAUUUGGAGCAUCAAUGGGGAUUGCCUUGCCAUGAUUAAUACUUCCCAAUUGCCCUCUGAUUCUAUCUUGUGUGUGACUAGUUGUGCGUUCUCUGAUUGGCUGGAUACGAAUUGGUAUGUGACUGGACAUCAGAGUGGGGCAAUUAAAGUGUGGCAGAUGGUUCAUUGUUCAGACAAGGAGAAAAUCAGUUCAGCCUCGUCCUCCAGCAGCUCAACAAAUGGAUUGAAUUUAGGAAACAAGAAGGCGCCAGAAUACCGGCUGAUCCUGCACAAGAUAUUGAAAUUUCACAAGCAUCCUGUUACUGCCCUUUAUGCUACAAGUGAUUUGAAGCAGUUGUUGAGUGGAGAUUCUGGCGGGCAUUUGGUGUCUUGGACCCUGCCGGAUGAUAGCCUGAGAAAUUCAAUAAAGAACAAUGGGUAAUGAAGGGGAUAUUCAUUUCAGGUUCAUAGUUUUUGAUUGAUUCUGCCUUUCCUGCGGGGCAGCUAGUUUAAGAAAGAACGGAUUUGCUUGCAGUGGGGAAAGGGAAGCAAAUGCAAUGGAGGGCUGUCCUGGAAUUGGAAUGUGAUCUGACUCGGUGGUCUGUGUCAGGUUGAGAACCAAGCCUAGUCUCCUCGUGCCUUGUGUAACUUUUGGGAUGGUUGAUGGAAGAGAAACGUGCUAGAUCGUAAACAAUAUCGUCAACUAUCUGGUUAUCCGCGGUGUACAUAGAUGAUGCGGUUACUAACAGCGUGGAGUUGGAAGGAUUUUUGUAUACUGAAAGAGGAGCAAAAUCUGGCUUUUCCAACUCAUAGUUUGGACUUUGGAGGCAGGGCAACAAAGCUGGUCCGUAUGUAGUAAUCUGUUCACUAACUUUCCUUCUCCUUGUGUGUUCCUCUCCAUGGUGGAAGAGCUUACACGGCCCGGUUCCUUGUACAAUGUACCUUCCAUUUCAUUUUGGUUAAGAAGAUAAAAUCAGGGGUUGGGAAAGUAAAGAGAGAAGCUCCUGGACUAUCAGUUGCAUAUUAUUUAGCUGCUGGGAGAACUUGAUUGCUUGUAAUUUUUGUAGGGUGGGAUACAUGUAUGUGUAGUUGCAGGUCUUUUGCUGGAUGCUCGAUUGGUGAAAUGCAUUUUUUAUUUACCGUUGAUACCCAUUUCUCUGCAGGAUCAUGACAUGCGUGACUAUGCGAGUCGCAAGUUGACCUUGUAAAUAAGUCUAUUAAUUCUUGUUAUAUUAAGAUUUUUGUUUUUUUAAGAA